AUGCAUCCUGGUCGUUUCAUUCUCCUCGUCCUCCUCCCGCUGGUUGCUUCACAAACGAUCACAACAACCGAUGUCGCUGGCAACACAAUUGUCGAAGUAGUAACUAUCGACCCGGUGGCAGAGACUCCUACGACCUCAAUACUAACAACGCUCCUUCCAACACCAGCGACGACUACUUUCACCACGACCCUACCCGCUGGCCAAACUGUCGUUGAGGUUGUUGGAGUGGAUGCUGAUGGUAAUACGCAGACAAACACAAUACAGACGAUCCAGGCUGGUCCAAAUGCGGCGACGACCACAACAGUCGUGGAUGCGGCCGGGGAGACCGUGGUCGAGGUCAUUCAAAACGGAGCGACACAAACAAUACAAACUUUAGCUCCAGGCUCUGGGCCAGGACCUGUCGGUCAACCACCACAAGGCAAUCCAGUCAACCCUGGCCAGCCGACGCCAUUCACGUACACUACAACCAACGCAGCUGGCAACACGAUUCAGGUCGUAGCCACCUUCACACCUUCGGUUGCGACAACCAUUGCCCCGUCAGCUACUUUCAAAGCUACGGUCCUCAAUUACUCGCAGUACCUGGCGAGUUACGCAACAAAAAUUCAAACACAGGCGGCGAAUGCGAAUUCAAGGAAUUCAGCUUCUUCGCUGAGUUGUAGUACGUGGAUGGCCGGUGUAAUGACUGGCUUGCUUGGUGUUAUGUGGACGGCCUGA